AUGGGCGCGUCCACUUGGUCCUGGCUGGCGGGGGUGUUGCUUCUCCAAGCUGCCCAGUACACUGAAGGUGCCGGAGGGGCUGGUUGGACUUACAGUGGAGACACAGGCCCCGAUCACUGGGCGAAUGCUAACAACAGUUGCGGCGGGGAUUCCCAAUCACCCAUCAACAUUCAGUACUCGGCGGCGACGAACAUGAACUACCCAGCCUUCACGUUCCAGGGCUACAGCAGCGUACCGACAGGCGCAACCAUGACCCUCUACAACACUGGACAUGCCAUUAACGUGAACCUGGGCGGCAGCGGUUUUUCCGUGUCCGGGGGCGGGUUGACGGGGACGUACAACACGGCACAGUUCCACUUCCACUGGGGAACCGCCGCCGACCUGGACGCCCGCGGCGGAACUUACCCCAACCUUGGCGAUGCCGUGGCGUCUGGUUCUCCCACAGCGCUGGCAGUGCUCGGCUUCUUCCUGGAGCUUGACGACACUGACAACGCCGGUCUGAACCCCAUCGUCAGCGACAUAGCAAACGUUGCGAACGCGGGCAAUGGCUCGGUGUUCAGCUCGGUCUUCACCUUCGACAGUUUCCUCCCGGCCAACAGGAGCAAGUUUUACCGCUACAGCGGCAGCCUGACCACCCCCGGCUGUAACGAGAUAGUGGUAUGGACCGUGUUCGAGGACACCAUCAAGAUAUCCAGGAACCAGCUGAGCGCGCUCCUGGGCGCCACCUACUACCAAGCCGAGGGGGGGAAUCAACCGGCGGCGAUGGCGAACAACUGGCGUCCCGUCCAGGCUCUGAACACGCGACAGGUGUACCGGUCGUUUCAGAAGAGCGGCACCUGGCGGAUGUCACCUGCAUGGCAGGUCAUGGCCCUUGGUGUCCUCAUUGCUGCAAGCUUCUGUCCCCAGUGUGCUCCGUGAACUCUAAUAAUCAAUCAUGGACACUUCGAGUAGCUCUACAUCUUCUAGAUUUCAGUACCUGAAUGAUCAUUACAGUUAUACAACAAUGAACAACAAAACUAGC